GGAGGAUCAAGUCCGAAGAAAGUUUCAGUUGGUGCGGAACCGAGACUGGCGGCGCGAUCGUUUACACGAAAAAGAACUCGCCGUUGAGCGCAAAAGUCGCCGUAUUGUAAGCAAACUCGAUGCGUUGAGUUCAUGUUCGAGUGGUGGUUCGUGUUUCUUAAAAUGCGUUGAAAAAUCGUCGAUGAGGAGUGAUCAAACAACGAUCUUAAAAAUAAGAGAUCCGCAAUUCCUCUGCACGCAAAGAAUGACGAAUAAACUUAUCCUUGUGUGGUGCUUCUCGUACCUGUACUUCAGAGCUGACGCCGGUAAAUCAUCGCGAGACCCCAAAGAGUUGCCCGACGAUAGUCAGUGCAACUUCGAUGCCUCUCGGAUCUAUAAUGUGACAGAUCUGUUACGAUGCAUAAGCGCGCUCAUGACCGACCUUCCGGCUCAAGGAAACGCUCGGUCGCUGAGACAGCCAAACGAGUUGGAUUCGUUAGCUCACAGAAAGAAUUCUUACGAAUCAUCUCUCGGGGAUUUGGUCUCGAGCUUAUUUAACAACGGUAUCCCGUCGAUUAACGAUUAUUUUCCGGUGGAUCCCGGUCAGUAUCAAUUAAAUCGGCCAUUUACACCGGGCGAUCUGUCCGGCGGGCUCGGGACAAAUCUCUACGACGCUCUAUCGUCGAUCUCUCGCUAUGAUGAUUCCAAGUGCGUGCCGCGAAUACUGUGUGAAAUGGCGAGCGGCAGGCCGCCGGGAGAACAGGCAUCCUCGUAUCUGGGCGAUCUCGGAAGAAACGCUUUCGCUCAAUGGCUCGUCAGGCUGGACGUGACGGAGAUGUCUCCCGUGCUGAAUUUCGCGCGAGCCGCCGCGCUGGGUUACAGCAGCGGGGGAAAUCCGACCGCGUGUUACCGCGCGUUCCCGAGAUGUCCGCGUAAUACCGGCGAACUGGUGCAUUAUCUGAACAAUCACAACGGCGGAUUCUUCCGGUUCUUCGGCGGACACGGGCGUGACGGUUACUCGCAGCAGCUUUACGCGUCGCAAGGCAAUUCGAAAUUCCUGCGAGGGAAAAAACGGAAAGCUCUGUCUCCCGGCUACGCAAGCGCGGCGGCUGAUCGUAUCGGCACGGGCAAGCUGAAGUUCGACGUCCCCGUGCUAAGCGCUCAGCGAGAUUACGGCGAAAGCUUCUUCCAGAAAGAAUAUAUAUCGGGGAGCUCGGGGCGCGUGGUGUUCCCAGCUCAUGAGGAACCGAACGAUCGCUCUUCGGGAAACAGGAACCCUAAAUCCUCGCCGGGACACGAGAGCAUCGACGCGAGCGAAUCCUCGCGAAUCAGCCCGCCGUUUUUCUUCCCGCAGGACUGGGAGGAUCAAGAUGUCCGUGUGUCGCGUUUCGUCCCUUACCUGUCGGACUCGGAAUCUCGCGAUGAAUUUCGCUUUCCACGUUAGCGAUCGAUCUUCCUCUCCGGGUGGGAAACCCGAUGGUCCACGAUGCGCCACCGACGACAAUGUUGAGAGCCGAGUUCCCAUAGGAAGUAAUUUGUUAGGCUUAUUAGUUAUUAAAGUAAUCGACAGCUUACACAAUCCGCGAGGAAAGACACAGCGAGUUAACUCCAACUGCACUAUCAUUCGACAUGCAGUCGCCGCCGGAUAUUUAGGGGCCGAUGAAUGAGUAUCUAUAAAAUUGUGAACUUUUAUACACGUCUCACACGCGCAUUUUACCUUUCUCGCAAGAACCGCCUGAUAUUCGGCAGCCCGAGUAACUCGACAAGCAAACGCGCUCGCAUAAACGCGGGGAAAAAAAUUCGCUGAUCUCCUUUUCAUUCUUCUUAAUACACCAUAUUCGUCUGUUCAGCGUUACACAGUUACAUUCUCAUCCAUUACGUCGCGCUGUUGACGCGCGCCAUACACUGCGUCAUGUAUGCCUUACCAUUCUCUAGAUUAAGGGUUUUUCACGGUCCCGCAGCCUUACACACAUAAAAUGGGAAAUGUGUACACACCGCGUCAUGUAUGCCUUAGAAUUGUAAUCAGAGGCACUUGUAUAGUAUCAGAGAUACUCGUACAUGUGUAAUAUUAAAAAAACGUUUGACUAUUAAUUUAGAAAAUGAUAAGGCAUACAUGACGAAGCGUCGGCGGGCGGAAUACCGGAAAUUGCCGACUCGACGGAAAAUUCAACGUCGAUGUCGAUAGACAAGCGUCGACGUGCAUUCUACGUGCCCAAGCAUAUUCUAUCCUCGCUGAUGCAAGGGAUUCUCCACUCGCCGGCAGCAGCUUUUCUUGUAACGGCUGCUUUCGCGCUCCCUCCAGAUAUAUCGAUAUGUAGAUAAUGUUAAAAUAGCGCGCGACGUUAGAAUCAAUUAAUACCACUGCGUCUAGACAAUAGGCAUUAGAACGAGUUAAUAUUACAGUGUGAUUCAGCAAAAAAACCAAAACGUCCGAUAAAUCCGACAGAUGAUCUCAUUCUUAACGGAAUCCUCUUAUAUAGUAGAGGCCUAGUAAGAGAAUUCCCCAAAGACCCCAGAAGGAAAAUAUUCUAAGCACUAAUAUUAUAUUCCUCUUUAUUAAAGCAAGGAUAUUUUCCAGUAAAAGCUUAGAAUUGACAAGAACUACCUUCCACAGUUCUAUUCUUUGAGUAUUGGAAUGUUUUUUUUUUAGGUUAUAGAAAAAAUUCUCUUAGAUGUGUGCAUAAAAUAAUUCUAUUAAGGAUGAGAUAAUAUUUGUCGGGUGUUUGUUGGACACCUUGAUGGACGUGAAAGAAAUAUCUUUGUGGUUUGAAAUUUGACGUGAUCUGAAAUAAAUUAAAAAUAGAAGAAAAGAAUGUGCAAUCGACAGAGCGACGGAAAGAGAUUGAUGAAAAAUCUUGAAUUACUAUUAGACAUGUGCAACGUUACGAUGUUACGUCGAAUAGUUGACGAUUACGAGAAAUAUCACGCGUGCACAGAAAAAAGAAUAUUCUUGUUUGGAGAAUAUCUUUGUUGUUGACAUUUAAAAAAUAAGAUUAAUGUUAAAAUGAGAUUAUAUGGCAUUGAUGAAAGAUAAAUUAAUCUUCAAUC